UGCGGGUGCGGUUUAACGAGCCUCGUCUAGAACGGCGAGAGGCACGUUGGGCACUGGACAUGAAAUCUUGCAUUUGAGCAGACUUGCAGACUUGGCUGAAGAAGGCAUUUCAGCAGCAAUGUUAUAAAAAUUUUCCGCAUAUAGUAGACCUAACAGAAUAAUGGUUCCAGAGAAAUCUUCUUUCUCGCAAUCCAGUACCAAUAUCUCUCAACCUGAAUUAGAAUACCGCGACUACGAUGCAAAAAUUCUUUCAAUUAUAAGAAACGCAAACACCAUGGUGUUGAUGGCUGGCGUUUGGAAUUUGGGCCUGACUGGAGAGGAACUUCUCGCGCACGGGGGCAUCGCAGGACACGUUCUGACACAGACAUUCAGAAGAGAACUAGCUGUUCCAUUACAACGUUACUUUGGUCGAUUUCACUUCCCUUUUGCACAUCACGUGAUUGGGAGAGAAAAUACUUGGAUAUGCAAGACAGCGUGGGGCAGUAAGCAACCCGAAUGCGUACUUCAAGGAACUGGGCACCGCCAACUAGAGGCGAGGUGAUUUGAAGGUCACGGGGCGAACGCAAGAACGGCGACUCUACCGUGGUGAUUGAGUGUAACCGACGCCUCGUUACUCUGCGGUCGAAUUCAAGAGUGCCGUCAAUUUGGGACUCGUGGGCGCUUUUAUUUCCAGCAAGACCAUGACCCUAAGCACGAUGCUCCAAUAACAUAGAAUGGCUCGACGCUCCCGGUCGGCUGGACAGACCACCGGAAAAGCUGGGCCAAUUUAACGGCGGCACGUGAAGCACAUGCCACGGGCAAGGUGGUCUUAGAGGC